AAAAGAAAAGAAGAGAUCCAAAAAGAAACGAAAAUCAAAGCACAAGAGACACGUGUCUUCCAGCGAUGAUUACUCUGAUUUCAGUGAUGAGUCUGAUUACAGCCCUGAGGAGAAGGGUUACCGGAAAUACCGUGAAUACAGCCCUCCGUAUACACAGGGAAGAAGGGGAGUUGGAGGAGGGAGAGUUGGAAGAUGAUAGCGAGGUUCAGGACAAUUCCCAGGAGAAAUGCAAGAAAGAGAAGCCCGAGAAGGAGGAUGAGGACGAGGAUAAAGAUAAGGACAAAGGCCACCGGAGGCUGAAGAGAAAGAGGAAGAAAGAGCGUGAAAAAGAAAAGAAGAGAUCCAAAAAGAAACGAAAAUCAAAGCACAAGAGACACGUGUCUUCCAGCGAUGAUUACUCUGAUUUCAGUGAUGAGUCUGAUUACAGCCCUGAGGAGAAGGGUUACCGGAAAUACCGUGAAUACAGCCCUCCGUAUACACAGCCCCCAUAUCCCCAGCCCCCUCCGCCAAAGAAAGUCUACAUGAAAGCUGAGAAGGCAAACUACAAAGCCUACGAGGAGUACAAGGACGAGCAGUAUGGCGAAUAUGAGGCCGAGGAGGAACCUGUGCCUGACGGACAAGGCCAAGGAUAUGACGACUUUGCCAAAGAGCUGCACCAGUACAGAAAGGCAAAGGAGGCUUCCCAACUCACCGGCCACCGCAGCAGCAGCCCCACAUGCCGAUGCCACACAGGGGCCGUGGGAUGUCAGGGCCAGGGAGAGGCGGAGGAAGGGGACGUGGGGUGCGAGGAAGAGGUGGACGGGGAAGGGCCAGGGGGCGCGGAGGAAGAGGAGGCAGAGGAGGAUGGGGGCAAGGGCAUGGUCACGGACCCCCAGAUCACGAGCCCAGCCGAGAACACGAGCCUGGACCGGAGCUCGGACCACCAGAUCACGGCCCCCAGGAUCACGGCCCCCCAGAUCACAGGCCCCCAAGGCAUGGCCCCCCAGAACACAGAUCCCCAGAUCAUAGACCCCCAGGACGGGGACGCCCGGAGCGAGGGUCUAGUCCUGAAUACGGCGCCCCAGAUCACGGUCCCCCAGAUCAUGGACCACCAGAUCAUGGACCACCAGAACACAGACCCCCAAGGCACGGUCCGCCAAGGCACGGCCCACCAGAACAUGGGCCUGGAACAGAAUACGGACUCCCAGAACCGAGAUCCCCAGAACACAGACCCCUGAGGCAUGGUCCCCCAGAACAUAGACCCCCAGGACGUGGACGCCCAGAGCGUGGGCCUAGUCCAGAAUAUGGACCCCCAGGAUACGGACCGCCAAUACAGGGUCCCCCAGAACUCGGGACAGAGCACAGACCUCCAGAACACAG